UAAGCUACAAAGAUUAUCUCGUCCGCAAGCCAUGAAGCUUAAUCUAACGAUGUCCUACGGUUCCUUACGCAUAAUGUAAACAUAAGUAUAGGAGGGGAGCCCUCAGGGAUGUCGAAAAACGCUAGCUAAUAAAACCCAUGGCUCCUUGCUUUCACUUUAAACAAAAUGAGACGCGCGCUCGUCCCGUCGACCGACCACGGACCUAUUGCCAACUAGUCAGUCGCCCAAGAACGAACGCGCGCGAAAUUCGAACAACUAACUGUCAAAUAAAAAAAUAAAAAAUCGAACAUAAGUUUAAAAUUGUGGAUUAUCUAUGUCGACCGAUGAUUGAAUAAGAAAAGUCCACUGGUGUUUUUUUUCUAGUUUUUGUUAAUUGAAUUAAAAAAAAAAAUAGGUACGAUGGCUCGCCCUUUGAUGCUGUCUUUCAUUAUAUUGUGCUUGAGUGUUAUAUGUCACAAUGGUGAGGCUGCGGAAAACGAGAACGCUCUAACGGCAACGCCGGAAUACAUUCUACCGUGUACACGAAGCGAUCCACAACUCGAUAAUUGCAUCAAGAACUCUUUCAACCACCUCCGUCCGUACCUGGCAAAGGGCCUGCCGGAUCUGGAGCUUCCUCCGGUGGAACCUCUCUUUAUUGAUCGGCUGGUGAUGGAAAACUCUGCCGGGCCAGUCAGGGUAACGGCUGCGUUCAGCAACAUUACUGUAAUAGGACCCAGUAAUUACACUGUGACCAAGAUCAGGUCGGAUUUGAAGAAGUUGCGCAUUGACCUCGGGCUGGUUCUACCUCGCAUCGAGAUCACAGGUCGUUACGAGGUGUCGGGACAAGUUCUCCUCUUCCCGGUUAGAUCACGUGGAGACUUCUGGGCUGCGUUUAUUGAUGUAGCGGCCAUAGCGAAGAUCUUCGGUAAAGAGGUUGAGAGGGACAACGUGAGAUACAUGACGGCCGACAGAUUGCUGGUUGAUUUCAAACUGAGGAAUUCGAGAUUCAAAGUGAAAGACACCGUCAACCACGGAAGUGUUAUUGGGGAAGCAAUGAACCAGUUCCUGAACAACAAUGCGGCUGAGAUCAUCGAGGAAAUGCGACCGGCCGCCUCGGCGUCAAUCGCCAAGCAUUUCCAGUCGUUCAUAAACGGCGCCUUCACGAAGAUACCCAUAGACGUGUGGCUCAAACCUUAGAUGAGCCUCAAAGCUUACUGAAGGUCAUUAAAGAAAUAGCAAUAAAUAUUCUGGAUAUGAAAUCGAUUUUACAGAUCACGAAUAUACUGGAAAUGAUUGUAAAUUACAUUUUUUAGUUUGCAAACAGUAAGUUUCUUAAAUAUCUUUUGAGAUGAUCGAAACCUGUGAAUCUAACAAUUGCUUAAAUAAACUGUCUUACAAUUUGGUUUCUUAAAUUUUAUUGAUGCUUUUUUUAGGCUCUAAAACUUUCAAUAUUUAAAGAGACAGUAAAAAGCAAAAAAAAAAAACAAUUUACAUAUUUCGUUUACAAAUAUUUUAAAUUUAGAUAUACCGCCGAGCCACGAAAAUAUUUGACAUGACAUUUAAUUUUAACAUUAACAUUAAAAUGAAUAAAACACCGUUAGUUAGAUAUAAGAUUUAUUUAUUUAAGUUCACGAAUGAAUUUUAAAUGUAUAAUAUUAGGUUUAAUCCAAAAUGAGAAUGUGAUGUAUUAUCUAAUAAACUCUAUAUAAGUAAGA